AGCGCCGCGAGUACCCGCCCUGCCAAAAUGUCUGAUGUCAACAAGACUAUUCAGAAAUGGCACGCCAGUUUUAAGAAAGGCACAGACUUUGACUCGUGGGGACAAUUAGUGGAGGCUAUAGAUGAGUACCAAAUUCUUGCAAGACAACUGCAAAAAGAAGUCCAGUCAUCAAAUUCAUCAGACUUCACAGAAGAGCAGAAGAAAACUUUAGGAAAGAUUGCAACAUGCCUGGAGAUGAGAAGUGGCAGUUUGCAGUGCACACAGUCAAAGGAGCAGUUCAAGUUAGAAGAACUGAAGAAACUGGAAACCAUAAUUCAAAAUAUACUGACCUACAACAAAGAAUUUCCCUUUGAUGUCCAGCCAGUGCCCUUAAGGAAAAUCCUCGCUCCAGGUGAAGAGGAGAACCUGGAGCUGGAGGAGGAGGAGGAUGCUGCAGCAGGAGCAGGUUCUACAGAAGCUUUCCCUACGCGAGCCCCUGCUUCGCAAGGUACCUUGUUGCCACGGUUACCCUCAGAGCCUGGGAUGUCACUACUUACAUUAAAGAUUGAAAAAAUUGGGUUGAAGGAUGCCGGGCAGUGCAUCGAUCCCUACAUGACCAUUAGCGUCAAAGAUUUGAACGGUGUAGAUUUGAACCCGGUGCAAGACACGCCUGUAGCCACCAGGAAGGAAGAUACCUACAUUCACUUCAGUGUGGACGUAGAGAUCCAGAGACAUGUGGAGAAAUUACCAAAAGGAGCAGCUAUCUUCUUUGAAUUCAAGCACUACAAACCUAAAAAGAGGUUUACCAGCACAAAAUGUUUUGCCUUCAUGGAAAUGGAUGAGAUCAAACCCGGCCCCAUCGUAAUCGAACUUUACAAGAAGCCCACAGACUUCAAGAGGAAGAAACUGCAGCUUUUAACAAAGAAACAACUCUAUCUCCAUCUUUAUCAGACACUACACAAGGACAGCUAAGUCCAGCACACCUUGAACUUUGAACCACCUCUUUUAAUCAUUCUCUUAUGGCCACAUCCAGCAAAAUGUGGUGUUCCACCUCAUCACAUCCAGCAAUACUAAAUCAAGGUUGUAGUUUUUUUUCCAUGAGUAUAUGAAGAAAGUAAUGGGAACUGAGCCAAACAUUAGUCACAUUAGCUCAGACGCCACAUUAUUUUUGCAUUUUUGUAUUCUUUGAUUUUGUUGUCAAGUUCUGUUGCUGGAAACUCUUGUCCAAAAAAUCAAAAACCCUUAAAAUUAUUAUUUUUGACUAGUUGAAGAUACGUUAUUUUACUGCAGGGUUGUGUUAAAACAGGUAAACCACUUAAUUUCCAGUCUUCCUUAGCUCACUGAUUUUGCAAAACAGGGGACACAAUGUGAGUUAUUGCAGGUGCUGAAUUUGAGUCUUAAUAGAAUUUGACUCGCUACUAUAUGUUUGUGCCGUUGGAUUUUGGACUCUCAAGUGAAAUUCAGCAAAACAUUAAAAGCAACUAUAGUUGCCAACAAAUGGACUUGUUGGAAGUCAUAGCAGAGUUUGCAAAGCCAUUCCCUCAAAAAAUAACACGCUACACUGUUUGCUCCAUCAAGCCAUUAAAAGUUAAUAAUUCUGUCGGAGCGUGCCAUAAUUAUAGUGUCUAAUUAUCAUCAAUUUAAUCAGUGAAUUUAAAAAAGCUAAACACAAACUGGUUAAUUAAAUUUGCAUUAUUAAAAUCUAAGCAAAAAUAGUGAUAAAAAGAUUAAAUUCACCUAUUAAUAAUUCUGUUUUAUUUGUUCUUGCUUAAAUUAUUAAUAAAAAACAAUUUUAAAAAGGCUAUUAAAUUAAACUUUGUGUUAAUCCAUUUACAUACCUGCCAACAUUUAGGUUUCAAAAUAUGGGAGUUUUUUUCAGCGUCAGAGGGGGGUGGGGUGGGGGGGCAGGGUUGUAGGCAGAGUGCCGUCCUGCCCGUGCAGAGAACAGCUGCGCAUAUGCCCUUCGGGUUGUGGGUUGCCAGGUUGUAGUGACAGAUAGGUUGAAAUUGUAUGUAGUGUGUGGAUUGUGUUUCAUAGACUAUCUGGCAACUUGGGUGAUGUCAGAAAAACAUUCAAAACUUGGAUCCGUGUAUGACGAUUAUUCAGAAAUUUGAGGGCCAUGCAAAUUACAGGACUUUCCUGGGUGAAACAACAAAAUGGGUUGGCGCCGGGAGGUGGCCUUGAAAUAUGGGAGAACCCGGGGAAAACGGGAGUGUUGGCAGGUAUGCAUUUACUAAUGUGUCUGCUUAUCAUAAACAGUACCAUCUCUUUGUUUUCUGCUUUUAACAUUUACAGUUUCCAUUUUGUGCUUUCUUUAAUAUUAACCUACAUUAACAGAUUUUGGCCACCUGGGGGCAGCACAUACAAGCUGUAAACACAACAUUGACAUUAUCAUCACCUUUUAAGUUGAUAUGUGACCUUCCUUUUUACACAUCCAGCAGAUACAGAAAAACAUUAGCAAUUAUUUGGAGUUGUGUUUCCAAGUUGUGUUCAGGUGUUGUGUUCAGGUGUUUCUGGCCACCUGAUGUAAGUCCAGUGUUCAUUCUCAUUUUAGCUCUGUUUUGGUCUCAACCAACGUCUGAGGGUAAUAUCUGCUAAAUUGUCCAUUAUGUUCACCAGCUAGCCGCUAACUUUGUCUGCCGUUUGGUGCUGGGCAGAUAGUGUAUAGUGGGUUUUUAGAGCUUUUUACUUGGAAACAAGUUGAUGAGAGCGGUGAAAGUGAACCAAAACAGUAAAGUUGCGGGAUGUAAAACCAAAACAAUGUGUUGAAAAACACUAAACGCUCCACUGAGCUGCAGACUAUAGUUUGUUACUAUGAGCAACACCUUUCACAUCACAUGUAGUCAUUUGACUUAUUAUGAUUAUUCAUAUAAAAAUACUGAUUAGUGCAGCUUUAAUUUAAAAGCAGCAAGCACUCCAAUCAGAGCCCUUUUUGCUGCUCUGUGGGUUGGGUGUCUUUAAACUUUUAGGUGGCACACUACUUACACAUCUUUAAAUUAAAGAGUUGUCUUUACAUUAAAGCUGUCAUAAAAUGGAAACUGUAAAUUGAUUUUUAUAUAUAUAUAUAUAUAUAUAUAUAUAUAUAUAUAUAUAUAUAAAAUUAAAACACUAAAAAAGUCCACAAUUGUCCUGGUUGGCUUUGUCAGUAUGAUUUAAAGGCCAGAUUUCUAUACUCAGCAAAUAUUUGUUUCAGCCUUUCAGCCCAGAAUUAAUGAGAUUAUGAUCUUGUAGCAAUUAAACGUCCCCAUAAUGCCGACAGUCCUCAUGUCAGUGUUUGCUUCAGUAUGUAUUGGAUUUACUUUGUUUAAAUACUGUUUCAUACGGUUUUGUAAAUGCAAAAAGAAUAGAUUGGAUCCAGCAUGGUGCGCAUGCUGUGAAUGUGUAUCCUGCAUUCAGGAUAACACCAGUUUUCUUCAGUGUUCAGAUUAUUCAGAUGUUUAUCACCUGUCAGGAAGUGUUUUUUAAAAUCUAGUGUUACUUUGCAGAUCAAUGUUUUAUGUACAAUUAUAUUUAACCAGUGCUUACAUGGGACUAUGUCUAGAGGAUACAUCUUUAUUGGCAGCCAAAGGACAGGAAUUGUACUCUUGGACUGACCUUUGAAGAGUCGUCUUUCUCUUAAAUUGUUACUCAGAAAAGCCCACUAUUAUUUUCAAAUUUCAUGUCACCCUGUUAUAAAGGGCUUUUUAAAAAAAAAAAAAAAAAAAUGAUGUUGCAUGUAACUUUGUGUUUCCAUUCUGACUUUGCAGAUGUUCUUCACUAAAACAUCUACAUUGUAAUAUUUGUUUUUAGAUUUUAUUUUUGUAAUGUCACAAUAUUCAGGACUUUAAAUUAACUAACUGAUGAAUAUACAGUGACUGUGUGUAUGAAGCGCUAUGACAUGGUAGCACUGAGACCUGUGGAGUGUUUUGGUUUUGUUGACAGACUGAGGGGAAUUGUAUCAAACAUUUACAAUGCUUUUAAUUUCUAAUAAACUACAAAAGAUGCAA